AUGCCAUCCCUACAUCCAACCAGCACAGUAUGUUGUAUAUUCAGUAUUCUGUACCUCCUCUCCCUCCGCUAUUACCAUUCCGUCAGUUCUCGCGACCCUACGUCCUAUUUCUUUGACCCCAGUCAUGCCUACGAACCGCGCUACUCCGCACACCGAAUCCAAGAAGCAAAGUCCUUCCUCAGCCGGGCAAGCAACUGGCCCUCUCCCCCAGAGCCCCGCAACACCCCGCCAACGCUCUGCGUGGGGGUUGUAACGGUCCGUCGACGGAGAGAACAAUACGUCGGACUCACCGUAGCCUCUCUUCUCGAAGGGCUAACUGAGUCCGAACGAAACUCCAUCUUCCUCGAUCUACUCAUUGCACAUACCGAUCCCAUGGCCCACCCCAUCUACUCGGAAAAAUGGGUGGAAACCCUCCCCGACCGCGUCCUACGCUAUCCGCCGGAUGACCCCGAUCUCCAACAAAUCCGCGAAUGGGAAAAGGGAGGAUGGUAUCGGAACAAAACCAUCUACGACUUCACCCAUCUCAUGAAAGAUUGCUACGACACCGGCGCGGAGUACAUCGCCAUGGUCGAGGAUGAUACCUUGGCAGCCACAGGCUGGCUGUCCUCGACCUUACACGCCCUCGACACCAUUCAGCAACGGACUACAGCAGCUCAAAACAACUGGAUCUACCUCCGCCUCUUCUACGUCGACGACCUCCUAGGCUGGAACGCCGAAGAAUGGCCCCGAUACCUCUCCUUUGCAUUCCUCUUCUGGGCCGCAUGCACCGGAGUCUUAAUCUCCAUCCACCGACGGUUCAGACCCAUCCCAACAAGUACAAUCUAUACCAUCUCCGGCCUUUUCAUCCCAGCAGCGAUAGCGCUCCACUUCCUAGCCGGACGACAAACCAUGUGGCCCAUGCAGCCCGGAGUCCAUGAAAUGAAUCGAUACGGGUGCUGUUCGCAGGGUCUGGUGUUUCCGCGGGCGAUCAUCCCGUCGUUUUUGGAGCAUACGGAUUUGACGACGGAUUGGUUGGUGGAUAUGAUGGUGGAGAAGAUUGCCGAUCAACAGGAGUGGAUGCGGUGGGUGGUGGUCCCGCCCGUGCUGCAGCAUAUUGGGGCGACGAGUUCAAAGGGACAUGGGUUUGAUCGGUCGGCGAAGACGAUCUGGAGUUUUCGGUAUGAGGAGUAUGCAUACUGA